AUGGCAUACAACACUGAAGAUGAUCUUCAACAAGAUAUUCAAGCUUUUCAAUCAACAGGUGCAGGAGAAAUAGCGACAUAUCCAGUUGGUCUUGACGUAGCUGUAGCUGGUGUUGCAUCGAAUCCAAUUGAAUAUGAAAAAUUCACAAGUGGUGCACCUAGUCAAGAAGGACACAAAUAUGGUCUUGGACCUGAUGUUGGUAUUGAUGCACCUAAUGUUGCAAGAAAAAGUAACGAAUAUGAUCCAGUUGGUACUAUGUUUGAUUAUGCUGAUUUUAACCAUGAUGGUAGAAUUGGUAAAAGUGAAUUUGGUACUUUUAUGAAAUCAGUUUAA